AUUCAGUUUUUGUUUAUCAUUUUGAAAACGAUGACAUUUCCAUUUUAAAUAAAGAGAAAAAAGUUUAAAAUAUAAUUAACUAAGAUGGCUUCGGCUUUAGAACAUUAUGUAAAUAAUGUGCGUUCAUUGAGCUCGACUGGAAAUUUUCGCGAACUUAUCGAAUACUUGAACGGAACGUCUGAUCUGUUGGCAAAGAACGGAAAUAUUUUGGACAAUGUUCUGGAAACGGUCGAUGUGCAACAACAUUCACUUGGUGUACUGUACGUGUUGGUUGCAAAAUUAACAAAUCUUUCGAAUUCGUCCGCUGAUGGUGAAAAUGUUAUCAAACUGGUUCGGGAAUUCAUCCAGGCCUGUAACGGUGAACAGGUGCGGCAUGCUCCACAAGCUUAUGCGGAAUUGUGCCAUCUUUUUACAAAUCACAUCAUCAAAUCCGGAACGAUGCCUAUUCAAGGCAUAAAAGUGUUAGCACAAGCAGUUGACAAGAUUCGUUUGUUCGACUCUCAAUUGACGCCGGUUCAUGCUGAUUUAUUUCAGCUCAGUUUAUGUGCAAAGGUUUUUAAUCCGGCGUUAAAAUUUUUGGACAUUGACAUUACAGCUAUAUCUACGACUGAGGACAACAACCAUGAUGCCAAAUACUUCUUGUUGUACUAUUACUACGGUGGCAUGAUUUAUUCGGCUGUCAAGAAUUAUGAACGCGCUCUCUACUUUUUCGAAGUAGCUGUCUCCACACCGGCACUAGCCAUGUCAUAUAUUAUGUUGGAGUCGUACAAGAAAUACAUUCUGGUGUCGCUGAUUCUCGAAGGCAAAAUAAGCAGCAUACCAAAGUAUUCGUCCCAGGUGAUUACCCGAUUCAUCAAGCCACUCAGUCAUGCAUACCAUGACUUGGCCACCGCAUACGAAACAUCACAGAGCGACGAAGUUCGAAAUGUCAUCAACAAAUAUCGUGAUGUGUUUGUACGUGAUGUAAAUUUGGGAUUGGUCAAACAAGUUGCAGCUUCUCUGGCUAAAAAGAACAUACAGCGACUUACGCAAACAUUUUUGACGCUAUCGUUGGUCGACGUUGCUAACAAGGUGCAUUUGAGUGGACCAAACGAAGCCGAAAAAUACAUCUUGGAUAUGAUCAAAUCAGGCGAAAUAUUUGCGUCAAUCAAUCAAAAAGAUGGUAUGGUUGAUUUUAAAGAUGAUCCAGAAAAAUAUAACACGCCCGAAAUGUUCCAAAGCAUUCGUGAGGAUAUCACUCAAGUGAUGGAGCUCAACAAACAAAUCGUCAAAAUGGAAGAGGAAAUCAAACUGAAUCCACAUUUUGUCAAGAAGUCGAUUGGUAAUCAAGACGAAGAUUUGGUAAGCUGUCCGUCAAAGCCAUUUCCUCCAAACGAUCAAAUGGAGUAAGUGUUGCCGAAAAAAUUGCUACUCCGGUUUAAAAAUCUGAACCCCAAAUAACAAUUAUAGCCUAAAACAAAUAAAGCAAAAUAAAUCUGAAAUCAAUAAAUUAGGUUUAAUUUUCAUUACUUCGCAGUAAGCGUUUAACUGAAAAAGUUUCAAUGAAAACUAUGUGUAUUGUAUUAAAAAAUCUACACUAUCUGCGAACCAAUUGCUUACGAAAAAUAAUAAUAAAAGAACGUACUUCGAUAUGCUAAUCCUAAACACAAA